UCGCCCGCAACAAGCUGCCUUCAGAACUCUCUCACCAGAUUGAAUAGCCUUUCACAUAUUGCAGGCUGCUUCCCAAGCUAAACUAGUCAAGAUGAUGAUCAAAGUAGCUCUUGUGCUCUGUGCUAUUGUGGCAACCAGUACGGUGUGCGCCAAGCAUUUUGAAGAACAAGAUGCAUUGGACACUUUGCUGAAUCUGAUGCUAUCGGAGGAGGCUGCAUCUCCUGAUGCUGUACCCUUGCAGAGCUGGUUAGGUGACAAAUUUGGUAGUUUAUUCACUGGAGUCCUCCGCGCUGAUCAGGGUGUAUGCAAGGGGCUUAGUUAUUCUCCAGAAGAAGCUCGUGCUAAAAUUCUGGCUGUAAUCCCAGAGAUGAAAGAAGAGGAUCUCAGCGAAGAGGAUCUUCGAGCGAUCUGCGCUGGUGCACAUGCCCUUGGCCGUUAGACUCGGU